AUGGAAGCGGUGCGGCAGCGCCAGCGCGUGUGCAGCGCGGCCAUCGCGUACCAGCGCAGUCUCGCUCCACGCUGGCUGCCCUGCUCGUUGCGGCUCGGUAGCGGCGGCGCGCGCGGAGCGUCCGAGGGCACCCAGCACCAACGCCUCGGCAACCAUUGCCUCAAUUCCGCCAACGCCACCCACCGCCACAACGCCGCACUUGCAGCCGUCCACCGUGCGCUCACCAGCGUCACGAGCGACGCCCUGCCAGUUGGCUCGAUCCAGCUGGCCGACAAGGGAGACGGGACCCCCGCCUCCAAGGCUGAGCGGAGGGGCUACUACGCCCACGUCAACAAGGGACACAUCCCAGACUUGAUCCGCUUUGGCUCCACGACCACGUGCUGGGAGUUCAAGUGCUACACUCCGUUCCUCCCCUCCGGCGCAAAGGGCAACGGCUCUGCUCGCUGCGGAGGCGCCGCCUCCCGUGCCGACGGGCACUUCAUCGCGCUUGGCAACACUGAGGAGCACCUCUCCGUCGUCGUUCUCGGCCACCCCCAACGGGGUGACCCGGACACGGAGGAGCAGUUGGACCGCGUCAGCGGCGACGGAUGGGUGGCAGCGAAGGACGGCGAUUACGCUGACGCCCUCACCAAGGGUCACACGGUCAUCCUCCUCGUGACCGAGUCGACCGGAGCAUUCUCCGCCGACCUCGAUCGCGUCCUCCGCCAGCUUGCGAGGACCGCACGCGCCAGUGGGUCCAUUGACCACACGCCGGUCUGCGAUGAGUACCAAGCCGAAGCCACGGAUUCUGGGAUCCCGCGUUUGCGUCCCGCUCCGAUGCAGACCGGUCGAGGAGCGGGACGCGCUCCCUGCUACUCCUCGCUCUUCUUCCCCUCGGGUCGCAACUCGAGGGAUGUCGAGGUGUUACAGUGCCGCACGCGCAUGCUGGCCAGCGGAUGCGUCGCCAUUACUCUGGUUGCCAUAUUCGCCUCGCUCGCCAUUCCUUACCUCUCUGGCGCAUUCCGCAUCGCGUGUGUCUCUCCGUGCUAUGUGCUCGUCUUAGGAGCCUCGCAAGCCAACGCAUCGCCAAAGUGGCUGCGCAACUCGACUUGCAUCGCGCUCGUCCCGAUCCUGCCUGUACUCAUAGACUACAUCUGCCGCGUAGAAGCGGUGGACAUUGACCUGGGAGAAGACGACAAGGAUACGUGGCUCGAGGAGCAGCUCGAGGACGACCUCGAGGAGCAUGCGGUCAACCAUACGGAUCUGCACCUACUCGAGGCGUCGAUGCUGGCCGACCUGCUGCUCAUCUGCGGUUCCUUCGUCCUCGCCGAAGCAUCGCAGCGCCUCGCACGGGAGCGCCUCGGCAGCGCUGGAGCCCAGCCUGCAUGGAUCUCCUCCCCGUUUGGGUUCCGCAGUGUCUCCACCUCAUCCUCAGAGCGACUCUCGGACCGUGCGUCCGAUGACGAUGGCGCCGCGGCCUCCCGCUCCUCGCCUGCCACGCUCGCCGAGCGCGAUGGCGCGAGGGGGCUGCGCGAUUCGCCUUCUCGCCGCGACACGACGUCCGGGGCCGGCUAA